CCUCCCGCGCCGCCCCGGCCGCCGCCCGGGACCCCGGCCCGGCCCCGCCGCAAGAUGUCGGCGCGGACGCCAUUGCCCACGGUGAACGAGCGCGACGCGGAGAACCAUACCUCCGUGGAUGAGUACACCGAGCCCCACGUCCCGCCGACCAAGUCGAGCAGCAGGCAGAACAUCCCCCGGUGCAGAAACUCCAUCACGUCAGCGCCUGACGAGCAGCCUCACAUUGGAAAUUACCGUUUACAGAAGACGAUUGGGAAGGGGAACUUUGCCAAGGUGAAGCUGGCCAGGCACGUGCUCACAGGCAGGGAGGUUGCCGUGAAAAUAAUAGACAAAACUCAGCUAAAUCCUACCAGUCUACAAAAGCUGUUUCGAGAAGUGCGCAUAAUGAAGAUCUUGAACCACCCUAAUAUAGUGAAAUUGUUUGAAGUUAUUGAAACAGAGAAGACCCUGUAUUUAAUCAUGGAAUACGCAAGUGGGGGUGAAGUAUUUGAUUACUUAGUUGCCCACGGAAGAAUGAAAGAAAAGGAGGCCCGUUCGAAGUUUAGGCAGAUUGUGUCUGCCGUGCAGUACUGUCAUCAGAAGUGCAUCGUUCACCGCGACCUCAAGGCUGAAAACCUUCUUCUUGAUGCUGAUAUGAAUAUUAAAAUUGCUGACUUUGGUUUUAGUAACGAGUUCACAGUGGGGAACAAACUGGACACAUUUUGUGGAAGCCCCCCCUACGCCGCCCCCGAGCUCUUCCAAGGGAAGAAAUACGACGGGCCCGAGGUGGACGUGUGGAGCCUCGGCGUCAUUCUCUACACGCUGGUCAGUGGCUCCUUGCCCUUUGACGGCCAGAAUCUGAAGGAGCUGCGGGAGCGGGUCCUGAGGGGCAAGUACCGCAUCCCCUUCUACAUGUCCACGGACUGCGAGAACCUGCUCAAGAAGCUGCUGGUGCUGAACCCCGUCAAGAGGGGCAGCUUGGAACAAAUCAUGAAAGACCGAUGGAUGAAUGUAGGUCAUGAAGAGGAAGAACUCAAGCCAUACACUGAGCCGGAACCAGAUUUCAAUGAUAUGAAAAGAAUAGAUGUGAUGGUCACCAUGGGUUUUGCACGAGAUGAAAUAAAUGAUGCCUUAAUAAGCCAGAAAUACGACGAAGUUAUGGCUACUUACAUCCUCCUAGGUAGAAAACCUCCCGAAUUUGAAGGUGGCGAGGCACUGUCCAGUGCGAACCUGAGCCAGAGGUCCCGGCCCAGCAGCGACCUCAACAACAGCACCCUGCAGUCCCCUGCGCACCUGAAGGUCCAGCGAAGCAUCUCAGCCAAUCAGAAGCAGCGGCGCUUCAGUGAUCACGCCGGCCCAUCCAUCCCCCCGGCUGUGUCCUACACCAAGAGACCACAGGCCAACAGUGUGGAAAGCGAGCAGAAAGAGGAGUGGGACAAAGAUGUGGCCCGGAAACUGGGCAGCAUCACAGUGGGCUCGAAAAGCGAAGUGACAGCCAGCCCGCUCACCGGCCCCGAGAGGAAGAAGGCCUCCACCAUGCCCAGUAACAAUGUGUACGGCGGCGGCAGCAUGGCCAGAAGGAACACGUACGUCUGCGAGAGGAGCGCAGACCGCUACGCCGCGCUGCAGAACGGGAAGGACAGCAGCCUCACGGAGAUGUCCGUGGGCAGCAUCCCCUCCGCCGGAGCCUCCGCCGCCCCCUCCGCCCGGCCGCGCCACCAGAAGUCCAUGUCCACGUCCGGACAUCCGAUCAAGGUCACGCUGCCAACCAUCAAAGAUGGCUCCGAAGCUUACCGGCCUGGGGCCACCCAGAGAGUGCCUGCCGCCUCCCCGUCGGCGCACAGCAUCAGCGCCGCCACGCCGGACCGCACGCGCUUCCCCAGGGGCAGCUCCAGCCGCAGCACCUUCCACGGGGAGCAGCUCCGCGAGCGCCGCAGCGCUGCGCACAACGGGCCGCCCGCCUCCCCCGCGCACGAGCCCGGCGCCUUCGCGCACGCCCGGCGGGGCACGUCCACGGGCAUCAUCAGCAAGAUCGCCUCCAAGUUCGUACGCAGGGAUCCGAGUGAAGGUGAAGCCAGUGGCAGAACGGACCCAUCCAGAAGUGCGUCUGGGGAACCGCGAGAGCGAGAGAAAGAAGACGGCAAAGACUCCAAGCCCCGGUCCUUGCGCUUCACCUGGAGCAUGAAGACCACCAGCUCCAUGGACCCCAGUGACAUGAUGCGGGAGAUCCGCAAGGUGCUGGACGCCAACAACUGCGACUACGAGCAGAGGGAGCGCUUCCUGCUCUUCUGCGUGCACGGCGACGCGCGGCAGGACAGCCUCGUGCAGUGGGAGAUGGAGGUGUGCAAGCUGCCGCGGCUGUCGCUCAACGGGGUCCGCUUCAAGCGGAUAUCAGGGACGUCAAUGGCCUUCAAGAACAUCGCAUCGAAAGUAGCGAACGAGCUGAAGCUGUAAGCUGCCCCCGCAGCGGGGCGGGCGCGGGGGGCCUGGAGGCUGCGACACAGCGCUGAACAUGCGGCGGGAGCCCCGGAGCCUGCCCUUAAUGCAAUAAGCUAUACAUAGUCGUGAACUGUAAAGUUAAAGUCCGUACGAGCUGUAAUAAAUAGCUGUAGCUUACAGAGUAGGUUCACAUGUACAGGUAAGUAUAUUGUGUAUUUCUGUUCAUUUUCUGUUCAUAGAGUUGUAUAAUAAAAUACAAUUGCUUAAAAACUUG